GAGUCCAGAAUGGCACCUAAAGAUUCAAAAAAAAGGAAAACUAAUUUGGAUGACCUUAAACGCGAACUGGAGUUGGAUGAGCAUCGUAUACCCGUCGAAGAUCUCUAUCGUCGUAUGAAAUGUGAUCCGAUCAAGGGUUUGACGACAGCACAGGCAAAAUCCAACUAUGAACGUGAUGGUCCAAAUGCUCUGACGCCUCCAAAGACAACGCCUGAAUGGGUGAAAUUCUGCAAUCAACUCUUUGGCGGUUUCUCUAUGCUCUUGUGGAUCGGUGCCAUCCUUUGCUAUGUCGCCUACACCAUUGAAGUCACAAAUAAUCCAGACAUUCUUGGCGAUAACUUAUACCUAGGUAUCGUACUGACCACUGUUGUAGUCGUAACGGGCGUCUUCUCCUACCUACAAGAGAGGAAAAGUAGCAAAAUCAUGGAGUCAUUCAAGAACUUGGUCCCUCAAUUCGCCCUAGUUAUCCGCGAUGGCCAAAAGAUAACCAUCAAAGCUGAACAGCUGACCAUCGGCGAUCUGGUGGAAGUCAAAUUCGGGGACCGUAUUCCUGCCGAUAUCCGUAUUUUAGAAGGGCGCCAAUUCAAAGUUGAUAACUCGUCACUAACGGGAGAAUCAGAGCCCCAGAGCCGCAGCCCAGAGUUUACCAACGAAAAUCCUCUUGAAACAAAAAAUUUGGCUUUCUUUUCAACCAACGCAGUUGAAGGUACGGCCCGUGGAAUGGUGGUCAACAUUGGCGACAACACGGUGAUGGGUCGCAUUGCUGGUUUGGCUUCUGGACUGGAAACAGGCGAAACCCCAAUUGCUAGGGAAAUUGAACAUUUCAUCCACAUCAUUACAGGAGUAGCCGUCUUCUUGGGCGUCUCUUUCUUCGUUAUCGCCUUGGUUUUGGGCUAUAACUGGUUAGAGGCUGUGAUCUUUUUAAUUGGUAUCAUCGUAGCCAAUGUGCCAGAAGGUUUGUUGGCCACUGUGACUGUCUGUUUAACUCUAACUGCCAAACGCAUGGCAAAGAAAAAUUGCUUAGUCAAAAACUUGGAGGCUGUAGAGACACUUGGAUCCACAUCAACCAUUUGCUCUGACAAAACGGGAACAUUGACCCAAAAUCGCAUGACAGUUGCCCACAUGUGGUUUGACAACAAAAUUAUUGAAGCUGACACUACUGAAAAUCAAAGCGGUGCCCAAUACGACAAAUCCAGCACCGGAUGGAAGGCUUUGUCCCGUGUCGCCUGUUUAUGUAGUCGCGCCGAAUUCAAAAAUGGACAGCAAGGUGUUGCUAUUAUGCAGCGCGACGUUAAUGGCGACGCUUCUGAGGCCGCAUUACUUAAAUGUAUCGAAUUGGCUACCGGCGAAGCCAUGGCCAUUCGAGCACGUAACACCAAAGUUUGUGAAGUUCCAUUCAACUCCAGCAACAAGUACCAGGUGUCCAUUCAUGAGAAUGAGGAUAAGAAAGACGGUCGUUAUUUCCUGGCCAUGAAAGGUGCUCCAGAGAGAAUUCUUGACCUCUGCUCGACAAUCUUUAUCAAUGGACAGGACAGACCUAUGGAUAAUGAAAUGAAAGAAGCUUUUAACGCGGCUUACAUGGAGCUGGGUGGAAUGGGUGAACGUGUCUUGGGUUUCUGCGAUUACCAUUUGCCUCUUGAUCAGUAUCCCAAAGGCUACAAAUUUGACGCUGAUGAAGUUAACUUUCCCAUCAGCGGACUACGUUUCGUCGGUCUCAUUUCCAUGAUAGAUCCACCUCGAGCUGCUGUUCCCGAUGCUGUUUCCAAAUGUCGUUCAGCCGGCAUCAAAGUUAUCAUGGUGACGGGUGACCAUCCUAUCACGGCCAAAGCUAUUGCUCGUUCCGUUGGAAUCAUUUCCCACGAUAGUGAAACGGUUGAAGAUAUUGCCCUCCGUUUGAAUGUACCAAUCAACAAAGUCAACCCUCGUGAAGCAACAGCUGCUGUCAUUUCUGGCUCUGAGCUGCGCGAUAUGGAUGCAGACCAACUUGACUCCGUUCUACGCCAUCACGCAGAAAUCGUUUUUGCACGUACAUCCCCUCAACAAAAGCUCAUCAUCGUCGAAGGUUGUCAACGUGCCGGUGCUAUUGUGGCAGUAACUGGGGACGGUGUUAACGAUUCGCCAGCCUUGAAGAAAGCCGAUAUUGGUGUGGCUAUGGGUAUCGCCGGCUCAGAUGUUUCCAAACAAGCUGCCGACAUGAUUUUGCUGGAUGACAACUUUGCUUCAAUCGUGACCGGUGUAGAAGAAGGCCGUCUUAUCUUUGAUAAUUUAAAGAAAUCUAUUGCUUACACGCUCACUUCAAACAUUCCGGAAAUCUCACCGUUUUUGGUCUUCAUCUUAGCCGAUAUUCCGCUGCCAUUGGGCACUGUUACUAUUCUCUGCAUCGAUCUCGGAACAGAUAUGGUGCCGGCCAUUUCAUUGGCGUACGAAAAGGCUGAAGCAGACAUCAUGAAAAGACGCCCACGUAAUCCGAAGACUGAUAAUCUUGUUAACGAUAGGUUGAUCUCAAUGGCUUAUGGUCAAAUCGGUAUGAUGCAAGCAUCGGCCGGUUUCUUUACCUAUUUUGUAAUUAUGGCUGAGAACGGCUUUUUUCCCAGCUACCUCUUUGGUAUCCGUAGGCAAUGGGAUUCAAAAGCCAUAAACGAUCUCCCAGAUUCAUACGGACAAGACUGGACUUACGAUAAUCGCAAGAAAUUGGAAUAUACCUGUCAUACAGCAUUUUUCAUUUCGAUCGUCGUCGUUCAAUGGGCCGAUCUAAUCAUUUGCAAAACUAGACGCAAUUCCCUCUUCCAACAAGGAAUGCGCAAUCAUGUUCUCACCUUCGGUUUGUUCUUCGAGACUGCCGUCGCAUGCCUCCUCUCCUACACCCCUGGCAUGGACCAAGGUCUUCGUAUGUAUCCUCUUAAGUUGAACUGGUGGGUACCCGCUAUGCCUUUCUCCAUACUGAUUUUCGUUUAUGACGAGAUCCGAAAGCUAAUUCUUCGACAGCAUCCAGGGGGAUGGUUAGACAAAGAAACCUACUACUAGGACACAAUUGUUUUGAGGCGAUUUCAAACAUCCUCCUUGACAGCUGCGCAAGGGCUGAAUGAAAAUAUUAAAAAAAAUGUCUCUAAUUAGUCCAGCGAUAAAACGCAUUUGUUACAUUAUUCAACAUCAAGUAAUAAGAUGUGGUUUGAAAUCAUUAACCACAAUAACGCCCAUUGAACAACUGUAAUAGCAAACAUAACUGCCCCUGUUCAAAACAAUCCAUUUAUGAUAAAUAUAGAUGUGUGACGUUGUCUCGGA